AUGCCUUACAGUGGCACUUGUACAGUUCUGGCCAUCUCCGCCGUUUCAUCGGUGCUGGGUUUUUGCGUUUACUACGAUAAAAAACGCCGCGAGGAUCCCGACUACAAGCGCAAGGUGCGCACCCGUCGUCUCAACGCGAAGCUGGCCAAGGAGCAGAAGCAGCGUGCUGCCACAGUGGCAGCAAUGGCACAGGGUCCCCAGGCACCGGCACAGGCGAUGAGCGGCCUGGUGAGGCCCAACACUGAGCAAUACUUUUUGGAGCAGAUCCAUCUUGGAGAGCUUCGUAUAUUGGCCGGCGAUAUUGAAACUGGAAUCACGCACAUGAUCAAUGCCACCAGCGUGUGCAUCCGCCUGCAGACAUUCCUGCCCAUGCUUGAGAGCACCCUAUCCGAGGAGGUCUUUAGCAUGUUUAUGUUAAAGAUGCUGCAAGCAGAGCAGGCACGCAACAACAGCAACAGCAUCAUGCCCAACGUGGCGUCCCCUCGCUAUGGCCUAGCAUGGUGA